GUCGAGAGAAGUUAGAUAGGCAUGAGCGCACAAUUAUUAUUAUUUUUAAUACAUUUACCCUCUGGUCUUUCGGACAGUAAAAUCAUAGUAAAGGAAUAUUUGAGCCUGUUUGACUUUUUCUAAGUGAGUAAAUGGAUUUAUGAAAAACGACGAACGGAUCUUCUAUCGAUUCUAAAAUCUAUUAGAACUGGAGUAGGGGAGAUUUGUGACAAAAGUACAACUAGAUGUAAUCAUAUUUUAUUGUAGCCGAUGUAGGCCUAUGCUAAAUGUUUUCCUCUUUCUACGUAGCUACUGACAUUUUGAGUUCUAUGAUCUGGGAUUGGGGCACGCUUUUCUCAGGAGCGAUUUUUCUUUUGAUGCCUUGCGGAUUUUCUUUUAUUUUGGGCAAGUAGGGUAAACGUGGGUAAAGGCAAAUAUCUUCUAAAAGUUUCCUUUUAAUAUUGGAGCGUCUUUACGGGCUAAAGUUAACGACGUUGGAUAUAAAAGCUUUUGUAAAGUUCUAACAUCAAAUCUCGCACUCUGAGUACGACAUUUUUCUACGCUGGCUGUUUCGUCGACCCUCAAGAAGGUUGGCACAGUGAAUGGCUCAGUGCUGAUUCCCCAGAGGUCCCGAUGGCAUUCCGUUCACAGAGCAAUCAACAGCUGUAGCGGCCCUCACAGGAUGUUGGCGGUGCGGAGUACGCUGGUGGUUCUGGCCUUGCUUCCCCACAUUUUACCAUCCCAGGCCCGGCCUGCCAUCCCCGAUGAAGUCAACCCUGUGCCAUCUGUGGAAAUCCAAGCAGAGCGCUACACCCUUUACCCUGGGGACCGACUAGAGCUGAGCUGUAAAACCGAGUCAGUCAAUUGGACCAAGAACCAUGCAGUGGUGGUGGACGGGGAGCACACACGCUUACGAGACGGUCAGCUGGAGAUUGAGGGGGUGGAGCCGGCUGACUCGGGCCUGUACACCUGCGUCACCUUUGGCAACCACAGCUCUUACUUCUCUGUCAAUGUCACAGCAAUGGCCCCUCAGUGGGCUCAGCCCGAGAAGAUGGAGAAAAAGCUGCAUGCUGUCCCAGCCAGUAAGACGGUCAAGUUCCGCUGCCAGGCCAGUGGAAACCCCACCCCAACACUCAAGUGGUUCAAGAACAGCAAGGAAUUCAAGAGGGAUCAGCGCAUCGGGGGCUUCAAGGUUCGAGAACACAUGUGGACCAUCAUCAUGGAGUCUGUGGUGCCAUCUGACAAGGGGAACUACACCUGUGUAGUGGAAAACAAACAUGGAAGCAUCAACCACACUUACCAGCUGGAUGUUGUUGAGCGUUCCCCACACAGACCCAUCCUGCAGGCCGGACUGCCAGCCAAUCUCACUGCGGUGGUGGGCAGUGAUGUAGCGUUUGAGUGUAAGGUGUUCAGCGACCCCCAGCCUCACAUCCAGUGGCUGAAGCACAUCGAGGUCAAUGGGAGUCGCGUAGGCCCUGAUGGCUUACCCUACGUCCGUGUCCUCAAGACUGCUGGCCUUAACACCACGGACAAGGAAAUGGAAAUCCUCCAACUGAGGAAUGUGUCUUUUGAUGAUGCUGGGGAGUAUACCUGCUUGGCGGGCAAUUCUAUCGGGUUCUCUCAUCACUCUGCAUGGUUGAUCGUUUUUAAAGCAGUCCCACGCUCCCCACCACCCAACCAAACCUACCUGGAAGUGCUGAUCUACUGCGUGGGCUUCUUCCUCAUUGCUGUCAUGGUGGCCGUGGCCAUCAUCAUCAAGAUGCGCACCUCGUCCAAGAAAAGUGACUUCAACAGUCAGCUGGCUGUCCACAAGCUGGCUAAAAGCAUCCCCCUGCGCAGACAGGUGUCAGUGGACUCUAGCUCCUCCCUCCACUCCGGGGUGAUGUUGGUGCGCCCCUCCCGCCUCUCGUCCAGCGGCUCUCCUAUGCUGUCUGGGGUGUCUGAGUACGAGCUGCCCCAGGACCCACGCUGGGAGCUGCCCAGAGACAGACUGGUGCUUGGGAAGCCCCUGGGAGAAGGCUGCUUUGGCCAGGUGGUGAUGGGAGAGGCUUUAGGGAUGGACAAAGAGAAGCCGAACAGGAUCACCAAAGUGGCCGUCAAGAUGCUCAAAUCUGAUGCUACAGAGAAAGACCUGUCAGAUCUGAUCUCCGAGAUGGAGAUGAUGAAGAUCAUUGGGAAGCACAAGAACAUCAUUAACCUGCUGGGAGCCUGUACCCAGGAUGGCCCUCUCUAUGUUAUUGUGGAGUAUGCCUCCAAGGGAAACCUCCGGGAGUACCUGAGAGCUCGGCGUCCACCAGGCAUGGAGUACUGCUACAACCCUGACCAGGUGCCCAUAGAGAACAUGUCUAUCAAAGACCUGGUGUCCUGUGCCUACCAAGUGGCCCGCGGCAUGGAGUACCUGUCCUCUAAGAAGUGUAUCCACCGAGACCUUGCUGCCCGCAACGUGCUGGUGACAGAGGACAACGUGAUGAAGAUCGCAGAUUUUGGCCUGGCCAGAGAUAUCCACCAUAUUGAUUACUAUAAGAAGACCACCAAUGGUCGUUUACCAGUCAAGUGGAUGGCCCCAGAAGCUCUAUUUGACCGGAUAUACACGCACCAAAGUGAUGUAUGGUCUUUCGGGGUGCUGCUGUGGGAGAUCUUCACCCUGGGGGGCUCGCCGUACCCGGGGGUCCCUGUAGAAGAGCUGUUCAAGCUGCUGAAGGAGGGCCACCGUAUGGACAAGCCCUCCACCUGCACUCACGAACUAUACAUGAUGAUGAGGGACUGCUGGCAUGCCGUUCCCUCUCACCGGCCCACGUUCAAACAGCUGGUGGAAGACCUGGACCGCACCCUGGCCAUGACGUCCAACCAGGAGUACUUGGAGCUGUCUGUGCCUCUGGACCAGUAUUCCCCCAGCUACCCUGACACUCGCAGCUCCACCUGUUCCUCUGGCGAGGACUCUGUCUUCUCCCACGAUGCUGGGGCUGAGGAGCCCUGCCUGCCAAAGUUCCCUCCCCAUUCCAACGGGGUGGCCCUCAAGAAGCGCUGAUACCUCACUCCCCUCAAACACCCUGACAUUCCUCUUACUGUCGUUCCUUCUCUGCACCGCUGGCCUGGUAUGAACUCUCCCAACCCUCCCAGAGACUAGGCAAAACACUGGUGGAGAGUGGAACAAGCUUAAUUCUGAAACUUUUAAAUGUACCGGUUGGGCAUCAAGGACUCAAGGCUGCAGCAGUUUCUUGGCUCGUGAUUGAGGUGGAUAUGUUUUCGGAGCACUUUGUAUUGCUGGGAUUGUCUUUCUUUUUGUGUCAAACGGUGCAGGAGAAGGAAAGACUAAUUUCUCCACUUUGGGCAUUCCAUGGAACAAGAAUAACAGAACGUACUAAACUGAAAGAAUUAUGAAUUGGAUGGAUCUGAGUUAGGAUUAUGUCUGUUGUAUUUUUCCAAUGUUCAUCAAUAAUAAAUGAUUUUUUUUUUUGCUUUUAAGACCAAAUCCAGAGAAUAUAUUAACAAGGGACAUUCAUACAGUGCCUUCAGAAAGUUUUCACACCUCUUGACCUUUUCAAAAUGUUGUUGUUACAAAGUGGGAUUAAAAUGGAUUGAAUUAUCAUGUUUUGUCAACGAUCUAUACAAAAUAUUUAUAUCUAAGUGGAAGAAAAAUUUUAUGGAAAAAUAAAACACUCAUACCUUGAUUUAGAUAAGUAUUUAUAUUCCUGAGUCAAUACAUGUUAUAAUCACCCUUGGCAGCAAUUCCAACUGUUAGUCUUUCCUGGAUUGUAAAAUAUCUGCCCAUUAUUUUUUUUUUUAAGUUCUUCAAACUCUGAAGUUCUUUGUGACCAUUCCUAGACAGCCAUUUUCAAGUCUUGUCAUAGAUUUUCAAGCCAAUUUAAGUCAAAACUGUAACUAGGCC